CAUGGUCAGUCCAAAAUCGAUACAGCAAAAAGAGGAGACGACGGAACAUGUGGAGGCGAUUAAGGAGAAACGCAAGAAAAAGGGAUCUCGUGGUGAAACCGUUGCGGAUAGGCUCAUUGCUUCAGCAAAGCGAAUGGAGCAAUUAAGAAUUUCUGAAGCAGCAAAGAACACUGACGCUAAAAAAAAUGUUGAUGAUCCUGUGAAGCCCGUGGAAAAAGUUACACUCAAUACUAAAAAAUGUGUUAAACUUGCUACACAUGAAAUUGACGACCUCUCAGCACUUGAAUGGGAAACUUCGUCGGAGCAAAGUGGACAUUGAAGGAGUUCUUAUCACACUAAUUGUAUAAUUGCACAUUUUUUGUAUGAAUUUUUCUGACGGCA